CAAUCGGCUGUGUGCCGCUUUUGCUACUGUUGUUGCUGUUGCUGGUGCUGCUUGUGUUUCGCCAUGUCGACACAAACCUUUGACGCACGAGAUGGCCAAGUGCUGAAUUACGCAGACUCUGGGAAGUCCGGCGUUGUAGCCCUUGUUUGGACCGGAGCGAUGUCAUGCACAACAUUAUUUUUUGUGAGGUUCCUUCGACAUUUUGACUUACUUUAUUCAAACCAAAUUUUGGUGAGCAACUACCUGUGAACAACUGUAUUGAAAGAUGAUGGUUUGUUUCCGACCGUGCUUGAUCAUUGCUGGGUGGAGAGAAGUGUGUCAUUUGGAUGCGAUGUGAGGAUCCACGGCAUGUGGAACAACCUGCAUUACUGGGAUGGCAUUUGGCAACACUUCCCAGACUUCAGGCAUGUGCGUGUGGAUGUGCCUGGGCACGGUUUAAGCCCGGCUCGCCUUGGAUCAGUCUCACUGGAGCAAUUUGGUUACGACAUCAUCGAUCUCAUCCAGCAUUUGGCCUUGCCCAGGGUCAUACUGGUAGGCCACUCCCUUGGAGGAAUAAUUGCCCUGCGUGCAGCGCUGGAUGACCCAUCACAUGUGUUGGGGUUGGUGCUGAUCAGCACUAGCAGCAGAGUGAACUCCAAAGCUCGUGCUGCUUGGCGACAGCGUGCACAGGAUGCCUCGGCCCAAGGCUACGCAGCCAUUGCUGCCAUUCAGCUCAUGGUAGCAAAUAUGGAGUUAGAGCAUGAGAUGCCGAAGCUGAGUGGGCUGCCAGUGCUCAUCUUGCAGGGUGCAGAAGACCGACAGACGCCACUGCGUGCUGGGGAGAUCCUCCACAAACAGCUCGCACAAUCAGAACUCAAUGUGUUCAGGUCAGGUCACAACCUGAUGCCUGAAAGCUCGGAUGCCAUCCGCUGCUGUGCUGAGUGGCUCGCGGACUUUCCCAUGAGGCCCCUCACUGCUGGGAUUGCCAUGAACCGGGGUGGGCCAAAUGCUGUGGUUCCAGCUGGCAUUGUGGCGGUGAUAGGGCACCAGCCGCCUGUGACGCGGUGCUUGCUCUUUGCAUCUGCAUCGUUGAUGGUGUUGUGUACCUUGGAGAUCUUGUCCCCAUUCACUCUCUACCUCAAUUGGCAGCUCAUCAUCUAUGAGCUACAGCUUUGGAGGUUGGUGACAUGCUUCCUUUUUCUCGGCACCUUCAGCUUACCGUAUUGUUGGAACACCUGGGUGCUGGUACACUAUUGCUCCUCUUUGGAAGAUGUAGCCUUCCACCAAAAAUCUGCAGACUUCCUGUGGAUGCUCAUUUGUGGUGCAGGAAUGAUUUUGGCACUGACCUACUUCUUUGGGAACACGUACUUCGUGAGUGGGGCCCUGAUCGACCUCAUGACAUAUGUUUGGGGUCGACGUAAUUCAACUGCUCAGAUGCAGGUGCUCUUCUUCACAGUUCGAGCACCCUACCUGCCCUGGGUUCUGUCCUGGAUAUCUCUUUUGAUGGGAGGCAACAUUCAGGACCACCUCCUUGGGAUUGCAGUGGGCCACACCUACUUCUUUUUCGAGGAUGUCUACCCAUUGCUGCCCACCUCCAAGGGCUUCCGCCUCUUCCGAACUCCGCGGCUCCUGAAGAUGGUUUGCAAUGAAACAGAAUGAUGAACAGAUGCAGUUCCACCUCAUGAUGAAGCGCUUGAAGACCGUGACCAUCUGCAGUCCAGGUGCAGCACGUGGACCUCUGAGAGCCAUGCAACAUAGCCAUGGAGUUGAUUCAUUGAUUGGAACAAAGUCGAAGGACAGACGUGGCUACUUGUAGCAUCUUGCAGCACCCCGUUUGACCAGAUGCACCG